UCAUACAGGUUUGGAACAACAUAAGGGUGAAUAAAUGAUCAUAAUUUUCACUUUUUGGGUGAACUAACCCUUUAAUGGGCAGGGCUGCGAGGAAAACUUUGGCUCCACCUACAAUGACAAUGAGGUUUAAUUUAUUUAAAAACUGCAUAGGAAGAUACAACACUAGAGGAGGUCGGUGAAAUCUCAAGGAUGAAGAAUCUCAUCAUUUUUGUCGGCCUAUUAAGCAUCACCCUUGGCUUCUCAGUGGGUUCACCUUUACAUAAGAGAGAAAGACGCAGACGUCAGCUGGGUUUUGGUUAUGGACAUGGACCGGUUUAUCCUUUCUAUGAUCCCUUCCUUCAUCCUGACCGCCACAAUGACUUCACUCCUGAAAUUUACAUCCGCGAUCACGCCAGACCUUCCGUGCCCAAGCCAGUGACCAUUAAGCCGCAACGUCCUACAACAUCAGUGGUGCAGCCGGUGACGUUUGGUGACCUCUGUCCUCCUGCUAGAGGUGAUGAUUUAAACAUCGACCAACUACCAGUGUUCUUCUAUGCUGACCCCAAGGAGUGGAGCUCGAUGGGUGCCGACAGACCUCUUUCCCCUGGUCAGUCUGGUUCCAACAAUCUUCAGCCAGCUUUCAUCAUUGUCCCUGGUGUCUUUCUUCCUACAUCCGAGGACAGCCGAGUAACGCAAAAUACCAAUGGGCUAAAAGCACCGGACCCCCUGAGCAUCACUCAAUCUAACAUAAAACAGAAAGACUGUUAAAGGCGUUGGCGUUUGGCAAAUCUCGCAAUGAAAAGACAAUAUAUUCACUUUCAUGACCUUUUGAGGCACAUUCACACCAAGGACGAUGACUAUAAAGUUUUAACAAUCGCUCUAAUCCUAUUAGUAUAGCGAAAUCCACACUGCAGCUAUAACAAUAGCGAAAUCAAUGAACGAUAUUGUUGGAAUCACUUUCAUAAACAAUGUUAUGGUUCAUUGGCGUGGAAGCAAAUUUAUGAAAACAUUUAUGAACAGGUCUUUAUGAAUACAUUUGUUUCGCUGAAAUUGGCAAACUUUUUUUCUUACAUAAUCAUAUAUUUAACUGCGUUGGAAAAUUUACCAAACUAGGUUAUCUGUAGAUGAAAUUUCCUCACCCUCAUGUCUUUCCAACCUAAUUUUGAAGAAUCUGUGUUGCUUUUUUUCAUAAAAUGAAUUCAUAUAGUGACCAAGUUUAACAAAUGACAAAAAAAACUUAUACAUUUAAUUAUACAUUUCCAACCUAUUUUGGGUUCAUUUUAAGCCAGCCAUGUAGUCAUUUUUUAAUCAAUAGUUGGGUUAAAUAAAACUACCCAGCAGGUUGGGCAAACAUUUAACCCAACCGCUGGGUUUGUCCAUUUUCAACCCAACUUGGGUUGUUUUUAACCCAGCAUUUUUUAGAGUGUAUGUAUUUUCACCUGGCGGUAAAUAGACGCUCGUGAACAUUCGUCCGUGGAGAUAACCAGCAUUUUGCUUCUGAAAACCGAACCAUAACUACUGUAAUUAUCACUUUAUUGGUCAUUUACAUAUAAUAUCACUAAAAACUUGGCGUUUUAAGAAGAUUUUAAGUCUUUGGACAUUUGGCCGGGGCGCAAAAAGGAACAUUUGGGUUGCGUGGGAUGAACCUCAACAUCACGCGCAACCCAAAUGAUCUAAAAUCUUUUCAAAACGCCAGGUUUUUAGUACUGAGUAUUAACUACAUGUACUUACUAUAGGGUUAGGAUUAGGGUUUGGUUUAGGGUUAGUUGAAAUGUAAUUAUGCAUAUAUUAUAGUUAUUACUAUAUUAUUACUACAUGUAAUGUGCAACAAUGACACUGUAAAAGAGUUACCAAAAACACCAUUAAGUAGUUUUAUAUAAUAUUAUAUUGCAUAUCCCAAUUCUUCAAUUGAAGCCAUUUUCUUUGACAAACAGACUGAAAUGUAUUCACUUUAAUGUUAUUUCAAACCUGUUUGAACCUCUUUCUUCUGCAGAACACAAAAGAAGAUAUAAUGGAGUCCGAUGUUGUAGAUCUUUUUUGUUCCACAGCGGAAAAUCCUACAGGUUUGGAACGACAUGAGGCUGAUAAAAUGGUGACACAAUAUUCAUUUUUGGGAUAACUAUCCCUUUAAAUAUUUACAGUCUUUUGUUUGUGGUUUUAAUCCACAGUUUGUACUUUGUGUUGAUUAAAAAUAAAGUUUUGACACUGUU